ACGACAGUGUAACUUAAUUCAGAGUGUUAUUGUAGAAAUUAUUUUCAUUUAUUUGUCUCGAAAAUACGUAAAAAAAUAAUCUUAAUGUAAAUAAAUAAUUUAUAAAGGAAGUUGAUCCUAGAGAGUGUACAACAGUGAACGUAUAUUGUGUUCAAUUAUACAAAACAAGAUCAUGGAACAAGCACAAGACCCGCCAGCUCCAUAUCUGCAAAUGUGCACCAUCCUUGCAUGCCCAAGGAAUGCUGAGGGAAAAACUGAGGGAACAACAAGUGGUAUUCUAAUUGAUCCUUGCCAGGGGUUGGUUCUGACACAUGCCUCCCUGCUCUACCCAUUGCACGAGCAUUUCAGUCCAGAACUUUUGCGUAAUCUGGAAAAUCAUGGAUCCUCUCUUGUUGGGACCAAGUUAUUUAAAUAUCAUGUUGACAUUGAGGUUACUUUGCCGAAUAUGAGUUUAGUUGAUGGGGGAGCCAAUAAGCUUGUAUCAAAUUCUGACAAAUCAUUAUACACAGUGCUAAGUUCAAGCACUGCAGAAAGCGUAAAGUCAGUCGGACAAUAUCAUGGUAGAGUAAAACUUGUUUUUGAAGCCAAGCGACUCAAAGAUGUUAUCAGAAAACUGCUACCCAAAGACCAGUGGCAGUUUGAACAAGAUGACAACGGUAGCCUUAGCAUUGCUGAAAACAAGAAAGAAAUAAAGAAGAAUGAAUACUUCUAUUACACCCUUUUGCCAUGUUUUGUGCUAAUAAAACUAACUGACUAUCAUCCCACACAUAAUAGUUUAAUAUUCAGGGAUGCAAAAGACAACAAAGUAGGGGAUCCUGUGGAGAUUUGUGCCACACCAUUUGGUAGUAUGAGUCCAGAGGUGUUUCUAAACAGCUGCAGUCGGGGUAUUAUAAGCAAGAUAGCGGGGCCAGGCAGAGUCCUGAUGAUGACGGAUGCCAGAUGUGUGCCGGGAUGUGAAGGAGGGGGACUGUUUUUUGUGCACAAAAAUAAGAGGUACCUCUCAGGAAUGAUGAUAGCUACUCUAUGCUGGAGAAACAGUGAAUGGGUGGGGCUCUCCCUUGCCUGUGCAAUAUCAGAGCUGGUGGGGAGUCUCCGUAAACAUGCACUUGUGGACAGUCACAUCUCUCCAACCGCUGGGAUGCUCGAUAAAGGAUAUGCUACCAAGAUAAAAACAAUGUUGUCCAUGGCAGUCAGUAUAUCUGUGGGAGCAAACUGGGGUUCAGGCAUCAUACUGGACCAACACAGGGGCAUCUAUCUGACAUGUAGUCAUGUCCUUAAGGGCGUGGAAUACCAGAAAAAUGUUAUAGUACAAAAUGAGGCUUCUGAUGAGAAGACACAAAGCAGCAUAGUGUUCCGCAGUGUGCCAGGUCGGCAGUUUGACGUUGCAGUUGUUCAGUCGGAAGUAACUGUGCAUGAUACUCCUGGCUGGGAAAAGCACAUAGUCUUUGAGUAUGCUGAGCCUGUUGAAGGUGAAGUGGUGUUCGUGGUGGGAUAUGGCAUAUUUAGACACAGUUUUGGCAGAGUUCCCAUGGUAAACAGGGGUAUUGUGUCGAAGGUCAACAGCGUCAAUGGUGUUCCAAUAAUGGUCCAGACAACCUGUGCAGUGCAUGCAGGUGUGAGUGGUGGGGGCGUGUUCAACAUCCAUGGACAGCUGGUUGCCAUGGUGAUUUGUAAUUCAAGGGACACUGCCUCAGGGGCCAGCUAUCCCCAUGUGAACAUGUGCAUUCCCAUCGCAACUUUGGCACCCACACUGAACAAGUAUCUGCAAACUGGAGAUGAAACAGUUUUGCAAGUCUUAUCCACGAAAAACAAACAGAUAAAACAGCUUUGGAGCAUGGGGACUGAAGACUACUGUUCUAUCAUGAGCCGGAUGUAGCCCAGUGCUAGCUGAAGUUUUCAACUGUCCUGUCAUGAGCUGCAUGUUGCCCAGUGCUAGCUGAAGUUUUCAACUGUCCUGUCAUGAGCUGCAUGUUGUCCAGUGCUAGCUGAAGUUUUCAACUGUGCUGUCACGAGCCGGAUGUUGUCCAGUGCAAGCUGAAGUUUUCAACUGUGCUGUCAUGAGCCGGAUGUUGCCCAGUGCUAGCUGAAGUUUUCAACUGUCCUGUCAUGAGCUGGAUGUAGCCCAGUGCUAGCUGAAGUUUUCAACUGUCUUGUCAUGAGCCGGAUGUUGCCCAGUGCAAGCUGAAGUUUUCAACUGUCCUGUCAUGAGCCAGAUGUAGCCCAGUGUUAGCUGAAGUUUUCAACUGUUUCAUCAUGAGCGGGAUGUAGCACAGUGCUAGCUGAAGUUUUCAACUGUCUUGUCAUGAGCCGGAUGUAGCCCAGUACUAGCUGAAGUUUUCAACUGUUCUGUCAUGAGCCGGAUGUAGCCCAGUGCUAGCUGAAGUUUUCAACUGCCUUGUCAUGAGCCGGAUGUUGUCCAGUGCUAGCUGAAGUUUUCAACUGUCUUGUCAUGAGCCGGAUGUAGCCCAGUGCUAGCUGAAGUUUUCAACUGCCUUGUCAUGAGCCGGAUGUUGUCCAGUGCUAGCUGAAGUUUUCAACUGCCUUGUCAUGAGCCGGACGUAGCCCAGUGCUAGCUGAAGUUUUCAACUGCCUUGUCAUGAGCCGGAUAUUGUCCAGUGCUAGCUGAAGUUUUCAACUGCCUUGUCAUGAGCCGGAUGUUGUCCAGUGCUAGCUGAAGUUUUCAACUGCCUUGUCAUGAGCCGGAUGUAGCCCAGUGCUAGCUGUAACAUGAUUUUAAGCAACACACACAGUCUUCUUGAUUUAUAUUUUUAUGUUUAAUAUAGGUAAUGUUAUCACUAUUAAACUUUAAAAUAUGAACUCUAAUGUUAUCGAAUAACAUGUAUAUUGUUAGUGCCAUGAGGAAAGUGCAAUAUAAUUCAGCUACAUUUUGUUGUUCAUUUAUAGGUAUAUGCUACUUUUGUUACAUUUGUUUCAUUCCAGAUAAAUUAUUUAUGACA